CACUACAAGCUAGGAGUACACCUGUGCAGCACAUUCAUCCACUGUGGCAUGGUCAACACGACUCGACAACUUUAAACCCGCUACCGGAUCGUAGCGGGAAUUUAUUCCAUUGUGUAAUGGGUGCGGGUAUUAAUUGACCCAAAAUCAUUAACUAUUGUCUGGACUGCGAGUGAACCUUGCAACGCCGCGUUUCAUUGACGUAUGCAACUGCAAUAUCAUGAUUGGGUAGUUAAAUUCGAAUGUUUUCAAAGUUGUAGGAGUAUUACGCUCAAGAGAUCGCAUCCCAAGCACCAGAGACGUAUGGGGAAAGCAAACACUAGGAUAAGUCCGGGCGUGCUAAUGCUCAGCGGCAACACGGGUUGGCAGAUGGCCGUCAUCCUUGGGUUCCCCAGUAUAUUCGUCCUGUCUCAAGACAAUCAUAGGAUAGCUACUGGACUGGUGCGAGACGUCCCAAUAUACGCGUUGGUCUGUUCACUGAGUCCUUGGGUAGUUUUGGCGAGCAGCACGCAUCGUAAAAUUAGGUCAGCGAAUCUCCAUCAAAGAGGUCCUAUCGCAGAUUCGCGAUUUAAUUUGCUGUUGCAACCGAUGAAGCGGAUGGUCGACGGCCCAUGAUAACUUGCGCGGAAAACGAGGCACUUCCAAGCUGGGACGCCGAUGACUGCUUUGUCAUGAUGCUAGGAAAAUCAAAAGACACCAACUCGCCGGAAAGCCGGUUGGACCAACACCUAUGUUCUGGGUUCUGGGCAUCGUUCGGCCGUAAUCCUCUCGGCAUGCUU